AUGGCGGGCAGAGGUAGGAAGAAGGCGGCUCGCCACCUCGAGCUCCAUGAUCACGCAUCCCACGUUGCCGAGCACCUCCAGUCCGAUCACUAUCCCGUCAGCGACCCGACUGUUGCUACUGCUUUAUUCCAUGAGCCCCAGUCGGCCGCCACGACGACAUCGGCCAUCCGCGGCAAAGCGGCUGUCCGGUCCUCGCAGAGCCCCAACGGAACCAUGCCUGCCUUGAGCCUGGAGUCCACAUCGACGCCGUCGGCCCUUGGCCUUGUCCAGAUGUUCGGCAAGGAGACGGAUUCGGUCCAUGUCGUUACCAUCACGGUCGCGGCCGACGGAAUCACCGCCCUCACCACCGCCGCACCCACCGCCACCGGCUUGCCUGGCGCUGCCACGACUGACCAUGACGCUCAGGAGUCGCGGGCUGCCACUCAGGACCACCAGGAGAAGCCCAGCGACGACGCCUGGAAGGCCGCCGUCAUCAUCGUCUGCACGCUGACGGCCCUCUCGGUCGCCGUCUUCUUCAUCUUCCGUCUCUGGAAGAAGAGGCAGUCGCGCCAGAAGGCCGGGGCCCAGCGCAUCGACGACGACAACGAGCGCGACGUGGCGACGAGGCCGAGGGUCAGGGCCAACAGCUACGCCACCCGCCCUCCCACCCCCUUUCGCCCUUCCGGGUCUGCUGCCGGCACCGACAGCCUCAAGGGGCCUAGCUCUGACCCCAGCUUCUGGAGCCCGCAGCGAAACCAUCCCAACUCGCACGUCUUUCCGGACUUCCCGCCGCCCACGGGCCUCCCGCGCUCUCUGAGCACGCAUGGCCGGCCACCGCCGGAGGCUUUCGGUGCAACCAGCGCCACGGGCAACAUGAGCUACACCGAUGCGCUGCGGACAGGACAGGAAUGCUCAGCCGCCCAGACCCAGUCUACCAUCGUGGCCUCGGACGAGGGGAUGUCGCCGUAUGCCCCAGGGCAGCACAAGAUUCACGACGACGCCUUCACCACACAGCAAGCCCAAGAGCGCGCCGCCACCUCCUGCUCGAGCGUUGCCAAUGACGCGAGCAUCGUCACCAGCGUGGCCGCCGCCGACGAGUCGUCCUUCUUCCCCUACAACGACCAGGGCUUCUACGUCUCGCCCGUGCAGAAGCGCUUCCCGCAGUCCCGGGUCGUCGAUGUCCAGCAGCAGCAGCAGUCCUCCCAGCACGCCCCGCAGGGCUCUACCAACACCGUCGCCACCUACACGACGGCGCCGGCCGGCAACUCCCUCGCCGCCUGCCACGGCCUGAAGCGCCACAGCGUGGGCGACGAUGGCAUCCCCGCAGUCGCCGCCGGUCCCGGCCCGUUCGUGUUCCACGGCGGCGACCAAGAUGCCACCGCCGACGCCGACGCCGACGCCAGCGACGAUGACAAGGCAGAGGCAGAGGUGCAGUCCCAACCGCCGGCCAAGAAGCCCCGCCUCGAGGGCGAGGCCGGCCCCGACCACCAGGACGUGAGCGGCAAGAGCCCGUCCGCCCUCUCGCACCACGGCUCCGUCAGCUCGCGCGCCCCCACGCCCUGCCCGGGCUGCUUCGUCCCCGGCGGCAACAGCAGCAGCCCGGACUCACCCCGCGCCCCGGCUGUUCCCUCGGGCCGCAUCGGCACGCCCGUCCACGCGAGGGCGAGGCCCGCGACCACGACAGGCGCCUCCAUGCCCGCGACGCCUGUCAGCCGUCCCGGCACGCCCGUCCCUCACGCUCGCGUCUGCUCCUUCUAG